CUCUUCCUCCCCUCCCCCACACCCUUCUUGCCUUUGACUCACCUGGCUACUCCAUAUCAACCAAUCGUUGCUCCAAGACAGACACACCAAGGAAAUGCACUUCCUGUAUUUCAGCAGAGAAGAGUAGGGCAGAAGAAAGGAGAGAGUUGCGUACUUUGUUUUUCUUUUCCUUUUUUCUUUGCCAGAGGGGUGCACACAGGCAGUACUUAGAGGGUUGGGGAAAAGUAUGUGUUAGUGGACAGAUUCAGGAGACUUUUAAUGGAUUUAAGCAAGAGCUUUACUUUCAGCAACACAGACUGAGAGGACAAGACAGAGAGAGGGAGGGGAGAGAAAAGUGUCAAUCUGUUGAGACUUGUUUGGGAAUUUGGAGAAGGGGAGGUGGAGAGAGACAGAGAGCCAGCAAGAAGGAAAAGCAAGGAGAGCUCAGGCGUAAACACUUACCUUUUCACAAGACUUUAUUAAGUGAGAGGAGGGAAAAGAAACAAUACAUUUCUGACUCAUCUGGACAAAAGGAAGCCGUGUGUUAGGACAUCUAGACAAUGUGAAUACAUGGAACAAUUUCUUAUGUGUUCUGCAACCCAAUGCUUUUGAGCUGAGCUGGACCGGAGGGGGGAGAUUGGAUCUCCCCAGGACGGCACAUUCAGGUUCUCCAUAUUGUGCUACAAUGGGGACCAAAAGGCCCAGCUGCACCCUCUUUGACACUUUAUCUAACAUAAACAUGUCUGACCGCAAGCUUCAGCCAGGUGGAAAAAUCUCCCGGGAUCCAAGUCCCAGACCAGCGAAAACUGCCCAGUCAGAGCGAGACCGAGACAGCAACCGAGAGGAAGACCAGAGGAGGGAAAUAGAAAUGGAGAAAACAAGAGACAAAGCAAGAUACAAAGACGUAGACCCACGAGGGAGACACUAUGAAAAAUCGCCUGUGUCCAGGACGAGAGAGGGAGAAAAAGAGUGGAGGGAGAGAGAAAGGAGGCAAGCAGACGACAGGAGCAAAAAUGGAAGGCCACAGUCAAAUCUAGAGUGGGACACUGAGAGAGAGGUGGAGAAGGGGAGGAAAGGCGACACAUUUCCCAGAAUGAGAAAAAGCAGUGCAGAACGUUACAGAAGAAUGAUGUUUACCCCUGAGAUUGAUGAAGAGAUAGGAGAAAAUAGGCCAAGAGAAAGGCCGAAGCAAAGGGACGCAGUCGACUGGGAGAGAGAGAAAAUGAAGACAUGGCAGAGAGAGCAGUACAGAGAGAGAGAAAGAGAUGAGAUACAAAGCAGGGCAAAGGACGAGGGGAGAAAAAGUGGAGGGAGACCGGUGGAAGACGAGCAAUUGCGACAGAGGGAAAGAUAUGAGGGAAAGAUAUCUGAUGCUGGUUUUCAAGACAGGGGGAGAGAGGUGGGAGAUUUGAGGGACAGAAGAGAGAGAGAUGUUGCGAGGAAGAGAGAGAAACCGCGGCCUAACAUGGGAGAAAAGCAGGUCAGGUUGAGCUCGCCGCAAAGACGAAGAGACAGAGAGAUCCACUCAAACAGGAAGGAGAGGGAAGAGAGGCAGAGAAGAGACAGAAGGAGAGACACCAAAAGUGAAGGGGACAGCGAUGAGAGAGAGUCGAGAAGUGAAAAGGUGAGGGACAGAGAGAGAGAGGAGUUUAUAUAUCAACACAGCAGAAGCGAGGGGGACAACAAGGGCAAAAGAUCGAGGGAGAGAGAUCCAAAUAGGCAAGGAUACAGAGAGGACGACAUGCAGAGGGACGGAGAGCGAGAGGGGGAUAGAUCCAGGCGGAGGGCAGGGGAGAAAGAUAGGGAGAGGUACAGAGAGGUUGACAGGAGAGCAGCAAAGGAGGGAGAGAGAUGGAGGGAAAGUGGGAGGGACUUGAAAGAGGAUAGAGCACGGCCAAAAGAAAGAAUAGAGGAUGACAGAUACAAACAGAUGAGAGACAGAGAAAGAAAGGACAGAGACACAGAGCGUAGGUGGGAUGAUACAGCAGGAAGAAGCAAAAGCAAGGUGGCACCUCAGGUGCCGCCACGAUCACAGAGCAGUGGAGAGUGGAGCAGUGAUAUGGACAACGAGGCGAGAUACAGAAAAGGUAGAGACAGAUAUGAAGAAAGGGAACCGGGGCGAGAGAGCACCGCUGAGAGCAAGAGAGAUGUAGAAGAAGCAAGGGAUCCAGAGAGAGCUGCUGAAAGAAGUCAAAGGGAGCAAAAGAGUCGUGAGAGAAAAGAGAGAGAGAGGAGAGAGGGGGCAGGCAGCUUGUUAGAGCAGAGGAGGAUGUGGUUAGAGCCACAGAGGGGUAAGAAUAUUAAAGAAGAGUUUGUAGACAGAGAGACACAGACCAGAUGGAAAGAAGAAGAGAGGACUAUGGUGUCACAGGCAGAGCGGGGAGGAGAGAUGCAACAAGUCAAAGAGGAACCAGAUGAGAGGGACCAGGACCAAAGCAGUCACAAAGAGAGACAUGCAGAGAGAGAUGAGAACAGCAGAAACAUGGAGAGGGAGGCUGAGGGUGUGAGUGUAGAUGGAGAGGAGGUCUGGAGAGAAACUGAUAAAGGAGGAAAGGAAUAUCUUUCUGACAGCAGUGGUGGAAUAGAGGGAGGCUGGAAGAGGGAUGCGGAGAACACGACAGAUAGCACAGAGGAUAGUGACAGGGAGGAAGAGGGCGGGCGCGACUAUUUGGUCCAUUCCGAGAAAGGAGGAGGAAGUGAAUCAGGAUGGAGGCAAGAGAGAGACAGCAUGCUGUCAGUAGAGGACGGCUUCGUGACGGUGUCCAGCGGUGGAGACGAGGAGGAUGAGAGGGAGGAAGAUGAGAACGAGGAGUUUAAGGACUGUCAGGAGUUCUGGGGAGGUGGAGUCGAAUACGAAGGCUCCCUACCUGUUGGCUUCAAGGGCCUUGAGGGAGACAAGGAGAAGGUAGGAGAACGGAUAAUGAGGAAGGAGGAAGCAGCUGAUGAGGAGGAACAAGGGAGGGAGAACCAGUCAAAGUAUGUCUUCUGUGUGAUUGGGCAAACUUUACCGCGGUCAAAACCUGGUGACACGUCAUCGUCAGAAGUUGAAGAAAUGGGAGUUGUUGAAAUAGAAAAGUGUCAUCACCACAGCGAUGAUGUCACACAGCAAUAUCAGGGAAUGGAAGUGAGGUACAGGUCAUCUUCAGGGCUUCAAGACUCAGAGGCUGAAGAGGAAAUGAGGAGCAAAGUGGAGAACCCAUAUGAUGAAAUAGGGCAGAUUAAAAGAGACUCACGAACUGAAAAACUCCUUGUAGAGUGGAGAGAGAAAUAUAAAGUACCAGUCGAAAGACAAAGGGAGCAACUUUCUCCGACUAAUCCCUACGCUGAUGUUUUCCCUCAGGCCAAUUUUGAACAAAUUCAACCCAUCUUGGAUGGAAUAAAGACGGGAGCAAUGAGUCCAGAAGAGGUUGAGGCCAUUCGCAUCCGAAUGAGUGGGGCAUGGAGCAUGUCCGAGGAGCCAAAGCGGCACUCGCAAGCCCCCCACCUCAAAUGGGCCAAAAAUGUGGUUCACGAGAUCCUGGGACAGUCAGAAGAGCAGGUUGUGGAUGAACCAAACCCAGAGAAACGAGGAGACCAAAUGCUCAACCAGUCUGAGCAGGACGGGCAGCAGGAAGAGGGACGGAUUCCCGUUGAUAAGAUGUCAACGAAUGAAGAGCUGGAGGAGGGAGAGCCGUUGGAAAUGGAGGGAUUGAGAGGUAUGGGGCAGAGCCAAGCUGACAUGCAUUCUGACACUGUUAUGCGUUGUGACAGUGACACACCCACACACACUCACGCCGACACACAGUUAGACACAGAAGGGAUAGAGCAUGACAAUACGGAAAAAGAGACUGAGCCCUCUGGUCACCUUCAGCUAGAAAAGGCAGAUGUAGAGGUGAAAAUUACUCAAGAGGGAGAGGAGAAGGUUAUGCUAUCAGAGGCAGAGAAAGAAGAACGCAGAGAGAAGGAAGUGGAGAUGUAUUUAUCUGUGAGCAACACUCUGUAUAAGCCUAGCAGCUGCCCCAUUCUUAAUUAUGAAUCUGACUCUGACCUCCUCGUCCCCUCCAGAGAGGGUAAGAGCCAGGAGGAGUUAGAGAGAGAGGGUGCAAGUGAAGAAGAGAGGCAGGGAGGUGAGCCUGAGGAACGGGGUACUGCAGUGCUGGCGGGAGGGACGAGAGUAGGAGAAGAAAUGGAUGUGGACAGCAGAGAGGGAGAGGUGGUGGCAGAGAAGAAAAUAGGAGGGACUCUGAGGAGCACUUGCAGUUUCCGAGACUUGGGUCCUGAGGCUCGGAUACGAAGGAGGGGGAUCCGUAAAACCACUGAGCGAAGAAAAAGAGAGCUUGUAGAAGAGGAAGAAGAGGAAGAAGAGGAAGGUGUUGGAAGGGAUCGCAGAACCAGAAUAUUCUCGACAACAGAUGACGAGGAUGAUCGGAGUAAAAGCUGGGGAGAAGUGGAGCUGAGGAAUGUUUUGGACACAAUUGACAGACGGAAAAGGAAUUCCAGGUUUUUCAAUGCUGCCCAGCUCUACCAGCAGUACAGCGAGGCGGCACAGAACUUUGAGAUCCUGCGUCAGGCUCGCUCUGAUGUCCUGUCGGUUUGCGAGGACAACACCUCCUCUCCUGCUCCGUCGCCUCCUCCUGCCCGCAGACCUCUACCUCCCCUACCGCCUGUCCCACACCCUCACUCCUUGUCCCACACGGCCUCCAUUACCAGCGUCAAAAGCUUGCCUCUUCCUGAGCCCCCAAGGAGCGAGGGCAGACCUUCCUCUCCUCGUCUAUCUAUCACACUCACACAGUCAUCCACACUGUGGCGGGACCUGCCUGGGGUCAGGAGCAGUGGUCAACUGGAUGAUCUGUCAGAGGACCAGAGGCGACUGCAGGAGGUGAGAUUCGAAGUGUUGACCUCGGAAGCCUCCUACUGCCGGAGUUUGGACAUUGUUGUUGAACACUUUGUCAAGUCAAAGCAGCUGGGGACGCUGUUGACCACGCAAGAUAGAAACUGGCUGUUUUCCCGGCUUGCAGAUGUUCGAGCCAUCAGCCACAGUUUUUUGUCAAAGCUGGAGGAGCGUGUGGAAACGGACAUCGUUCACUUCACGGUGUGUGAUAUCAUCGCUCGGCACUGUCAGCGCUUCAAAAUGGUUUAUGUGCCAUACCUCACCAACCAGUCCUAUCAGGAUGCCACCUACCAGAGACUCAUGAAUGAGAAUCAAGGUUUCAAGCGGAUUGUGGAGAAACUCGAGAAGAGUCCAGUUUGUCAGAGACUUCCUCUUCGCUCUUUCCUCGUCCUUCCUUUCCAACGGAUCACAAGAAUAAAGCUGCUGGUCCAGAACAUUGUGAAGAGAACUACUCCAGGUACAACGGAGGUGACACAGGCUAUCAAAGCGAUGAAACUUCUGGAGAAGUUGAUUCAAGAGAGUAAUGACAGCAUCUCCCAGAUGAAAAACAUCGAGUCACUGGUCACUCUUAGUGCUAAGGUGGACUUUGAAUGUAGGACUCUUCCCCUGAUCAGUCAGUCUCGGAGGUUGGUGCGGGAAGGUGUGGUUACUGAGCUGAUGGAUUUCUCCCUAAAAGACACAGAGAGGAACAUUCACAUGCACCUAUUCAACGACUACUUGCUGAUUUCACUACAAAAAGAAGGGGGAAGAUUCACUGUAAUCGACCACUCCCCUGUAUCAGAGCUGCGUGCAGAGAACUGUCGUGUCAAGCUUCACUCUUUACAGAAAAACCUGUUCCGGCUGCACAUGUUGCACAAAUCCCUGCUGCUAAGGACUGACACACAGAGUGAUAAGCUACGUUGGAUAUCUGCUCUUUCCCGGCCACAUCCUGAAAUAGAUUUUUCUGCAGCUCAAGAUUUUCCACAGAUGCAGUGCAUUCGAGCAUUUGUUGGGCAGCAGCCUGAUGAGCUGUCCUUAGAAAAAGCAGAGGUCAUUCUAGUUCACCAACAAAGCAGCGACCAUUGGGUAGAGGGGACCCGACUGUCUGACCGACAUCAUGGAUGGGUGCCCGAGUCCCAUUUGGAAACCAUAACCAACUCUAGAGUCCGACAGCGCAACCUGUCAGAUGCGCUCAAACUUACAACUGCCACAGCUGCUGUUUGAGUGGCAUGGUGAGAGUUGGACCAAACAGUGGGACGUCCUGGAUGAGACUAUUUGUAAAGAAUAAGAUGCGGCUGUCAGUUCCAAGCUGCUGGAAAAUGGACAAUGGACAUUCAGAGAACUACAUAGGAAUGGAAUGCAUCUCGAUGUAGCAUCGCCUGUUUCACUCUGUGGAAAACCAAAUAUUUUGACGUAGAGCAAUGCAUGAACUGCUGCCGGAGGGACAUUAAAAGUGUUAUUACUGUAUUAAAGGUUGUCUACGCCACAAACAACAUUGUGUGUAUGUUGCAACACAUCAACGGACAGGUGAUUUUUAGAAUUAAUUGUGAAAAAUGUAUAUGAAUCUAAUAGAUGAUUUUAUGAUGCGUGUCCAGAACAAAUGUGGCCCCUGCACGCAGGAAAGAGCUGUUGGAAAUCAUGCAACAAGUCAAAGCUGCACAGGACAUUUCAGUAAAGUCAGAAAUAAAAAUCUCUUUUGAACACGA